UGCAUUUUGAAUUUGGCUUCAACAUUGCACGCGCUGAGCGCUGGCACUGGCAGCACGCUUGCGUGAACAGCACAGCCCAGCGCGGCCCAGCUAAACGUGCUUGCAAUCUCUUCGGAAGUCAGAUUUCAGAAGAUAGAACUUAGAAGACAUACGCAUGGUUCAGGCAGCCGCAUGAAUGACGAACACAAACUUGGCAUACCGGGCGGCGGGUACCCUCCAGCGUCAGAAGGCUGACAUAUCUGGCUGGAUGGGGGCUGGAUGUCCGAGCUUUCUUAGAGAAUAGUGUGAUAAACAGGGCCUUUCCUCCAAAAAUAUCGAGGCCCAUCAACACAUUGACGCGACUUUGUCAUAAGUUGUCCUGAGGAUCCAUAACCUUAAAGAUCUUGGGAUUUGAGCGCAAUUGGGAUGCCAAGCAUUCAGCAGCUCGCUGGCAAUUGUCAGCAUGAACAGCCUGGGCCCACGGCAGCAAUCAGUCGUCAUUGUUGCGGUCACGGUGGUGCUGCUGGGCUUGACACUCGCGCUCACCUUCUCAGACUCCAUCAAAGGGUACCGAGUACUAGACAGGCUAAAGCGGGCUGAGAUUGCUGGACUACUGGACCGGGUCUCAGUUCUUUCAGGCAAUGCGGCAGAUCGACCCACCCGUUCAGCUGAUUCCAGUCUGAUUGGGAGCGAAAAUGAUGACCUUAAGUAUGCAGAAGCUCCUGCAGCUCUGGACUACUCGUGGCUCAAGCGCCUGCCAGAGAAAGUGCCAAUCGACCUAACCACACUCCAGGAUGGUUCAAUUAGUUGGACCCAGGAGGCGGAGGAUACAAUCAUUGCGGAGAUCGAGAGGGUGCAGUUUCCGACUUCGUGCAGCAAAGCAAAAUGGCUGGCGGUGCCGAUGCACAUGGGAGGCCUCUUGUCGGACGUGCACCAGUUCCAGGCCUCUCUUCUGUUCGGUGUCAGCUUUGGCUACACAGUCGUCCCCCUCCCCAACUCGCACCUUGUCGCUUUCGCCGGCUGCACCGAAAAAAGUCUCCACUGCUUCUUCCAGCCCUACACAAACUGCUCGUUCUACGAUAGCCCCCAUCACGUGGCUUUCUACAAGGAAGCGUCCAUUGGGGCUCCGCGGUACCCGGCGGGGGCCCGGAGGGGCGCGUUUGCGGAGCGAAACCUCCCGGCAAAGAUGGCAAGCGGGGCACUCGGCGACCUGGUUGCGGUGCCCAUCUGGCCACACUAUCGCGGAGCGCCGUGCAAUGUGAAGUGGUUCGACGCGCUGUUUGAGCGCCUUCGCGCCAGUGGCAGCAUCCAGAUCCACGGUCAAGAGAGUUACGCGCAUAAGGAGUUCAUGCUGUACAGCGUCCUUUCGAAAUGGACCAUGCGUCCAAUAAAGCGGAUAGAACACCUGGCAAACAGAUUAGCAGCCGAGUUUCCGGACGUCCGAGGCCCGGUGCUGGGUUUGCACGUCCGGCAAACGGACAAGACUAAAGAGGAUCCCUUCUACGUGGCAAACGGGCGGUAUCGGACAGCAGAUGAGCUGUUUGAGGGGGUCAAGCAGCUUGCGGACGCCCGAACACCCCGGUGGAAGUCCGCCUUUCUAAUGUCCGACUCCCAAGCGUUCCUCAAUGCGGUUGUGGCCAACCCGGGCUCUUUGCACCUGGGUCCCGACGUGGACAUUCUUUACAACCGGUUGCUGAACCGGUCAGUGAUGGAGACCGGGGGCCACAACCUGGUGCGGGGGCGGGAGGCGACAGAGCAGACAGACCACUUCGUAGCCGGGCUGUAUGUGAUGUCAAAGAUGGCGGACUAUGCGAUAGCGACGUUCUCGUCGAACGUGGGCAGGGCGAUAGUGGAACUGCUGGCAGCGGAGCGCCGCGUCACGCAGGUCAGUCAGGUCGGGCCGCUCGCGGACGGAGUGGACGAAGCCUGGGGAACGAAUCUUUGAGUCGAUGUACUUGCAGUCAAAUCGGAUGGAGUGCUAGAAUUGUAUGGGGCGGCACGCAUCAAGUGUACGGCACAAAACGAGUUCAUUACUUCACGUCCAAAAGUGAUAGUGUUCUUUGUCCGAGU